CGCGUCCACCCCCUCGCCAACCACGGCUUCUCCUCCCACGAAAGCGAGGAGAAGGAGAAGCCGCACCCCGCCGCCACGCAGGACGAAGAGGAUCCCCGGCGCCGCCACCAUGUCGUCGAUGCUGUCCGCGCUGUCCCAGUGGCUGGUGAACCCGCGCCGCAACCCGCUGGCGCGCCUCCACAUGCACGCCGUCUCCUCGCGGCUCAGGAAAUACGGGCUGAGGUACGACGACCUGUACGACCCGUACCACGACCUGGACAUCAAGGAGGCGCUCGCGAGGCUGCCCAGGGAGGUGGUCGACGCCCGCAUCCAACGCCUCAAGCGCGCCAUGGACCUCUCCAUGAAGCACCAGUACCUCCCCGACGACCUCCAGGCACUUCAGACUCCAUUCAGAGGCUAUUUGAGUGACAUGUUGGCUCUGGUGAAAAAGGAGGCUGCUGAGCGUGAAGCACUGGGAGCCCUUCCCCUUUACCAGAGAACCAUUCCAUAAGGCGCUAUCUAGACAUGCUCAUAAUUUUUCUCUUCAUAAAACGUCAGAAUGCAUGAAAUAAAAUGCAGUUAAUGAAACUAGUUUCCCAUUCCUAUCGGAGUUCCAUUUUACUUGUUCAUGCAAUGGUGCAUUGACCAUCACCUGCAGUUGUUCGUGUUUUCUGCCUCAAAGUAAUGGGAACAAAUUAUAUGUUCCACCGUUAUUAACUUGUUAUGAAGUCUUCA